GAGUCAACAGAACCCCUAAUCUGGCAAUAAGGCAAAAGGAAGGAAAAGAAUAGGGAAAAGUUUGCCGCCCCCCUCCCGCCCCGAACCAUCCAUCCUUGUUGCAAACCCAGCUCGGCGAUGGCACUGGUGCACUUCUGUUCUGUUUCCUUCUGUUUGGUUCUGUUCAUGGGGCGUCGCGGCCUCACAUCGAGUCUCAUCCUGCUUCUGCUGCAUCCAACCACUGCGCAUUACCGAGUAGUACAGUUUGUAUAAUCACCCAAUUUGUGGUUAUUAUCGCAGAUAUUUGUGGGAACACUACCCAACUGCUUUGCUCUGCUCGGGGGAGCCACCCCAUUGCGGUGCCGACCUUCACCGGCCUAAAUGGCCGCCCCCCUGCUCCACUACAGCCUCCUCCACUGACAUUGCCGUGCGCGUGGCACCCUGAUUUGGUGUCUGAUUGCAGCGAGCGAUCAGGGCCUCACGUCUCCAUUCGUGAACACCAAAGGAUUCUUCCUCAUACCGAGUGGCGCAGCAGCUCUAAAGAAGAGUGGGUUUGAACUGUCGGGACGGCGAGGGUUUGUCUUGGGUGUUUCCGGAAGAGAAAUUGGGCGUGGGAGUAACACGGACCUGUUGAACGCGUCAUAUUGGAAAUCUCAGGUUUUGUUUCGUGUUGGGGAUGGUUUGCACCUUAUUUCGUCAUGUGCGCUGUAGUCAUCAGCACCUGGAGCGCACAUUCGUCUUGAGGAUUGGGUUUUGGUUGCAUCACUUGCUGUGACUCGACAGCCACCAGUGAAUUUCCACACAUCGUAGUAUGCUUGUACAGUUGGUAUGGUCAACAGGAUCAGAGUUCGUCUGCUGUCGGACCUACUAAGAAUCAUUCUCAUUCUAGUCCGGAUAUUCCGUGAAUGCGUUUGGUUUUGUCGCUGCAUAUUACGUGGUUCCACCCCUGAAACGGGUCUAGAAUCGUAAGCGUCACAAAGACCCAACUGCCUUCGACCUCACAGAUUCCAUUUCUCCCAAUAUAGACACGUUCAUGAUUGCACAGACAAUACCCAUUUCAAUCUUACAAUGUUUUUUACCAGUGAAGAUGAGGGCAGUACACAAGUCGCCUCGUGGACGAGCUCUGUGCAAAACCGCAGUACUCACUCACUCACGAUGCAAAGACUUUGUCGAAGCUCUGACUGUGUCAGAAAGUAUAAAUUCCCACACUUGUCCAAAUGCGAUCGCGCCACUUGGAUGCACAGUGAACCACUCACGCCACCAAAUCCCACGUCGGCUGACUCUGAACACAAAUCUGUUCACUGGCUUCCGCUUGCCGCACAAUGUCAUCUUCAGGAGAGAUUGUGGUGUGGCCUUGCUAUCCCCAGUCCCCUGAACCCUAUUACUCCAAAACAAGAAACCCCAAACUGGAGAAUCCCAUCUAAAGCUGGCUUUACAGCUCUGCGACGUGUGGGUACUGGAUUUCGUACCGCAUGGAGACGUCCAUCACCGGGAUUUUGCGAUGGGAACCACGUCGACGACGAUUUGGCGCUGCUCGAAUUCACCGUCGGUGGGACUGCGAUGCCUUCGAUACGAAACCCUAAAAAUGGUCGUUUUGAAAACUCUGUCUCGGUCAUUCAACUCCUUCUUGGUUUACUAAUUUACGUGAUUGAUUUGUAAAUUGAUAGCACUUUUCGUGUCUUCCUUGUCUACUGGUUUCGCACUUAGAAAUAAGAACUUGCUCUUGUGUGUGUUGCUUUGGGAUUGUCACAAAGCAAGCGUCUAAAAGAAGGAAAAGUCGUGAUUGUGCUUAUAAAGCUUUUUCAAAAAUUUAGUGGCCACAUCAUUUUUAUAAAACUGGAGAAACAAAACGAGCUUUUGUGUUUGACGGAAUGUUUGGAAAUGAAUUGCAGGAGUUUGAGUUCUCAACAAAAAAUUAAUGAAUAAAUAAAUCUUGUAAGCAACCUGUGAUGUUGUAUGAAAUGUAAAUAAAAUGUGAAUGUGAGCAAUUUUUUAUUUUUUA